AUGUUAUCGCAGUGGCUGAGAAAAGGUAACUGGAUCAUGUGGAUUGGCCUGGCUUCAAUUGCAUUGGGCACGGGAGGCAUAAAACCAUGCAGAAAUAACAACGUAUCGGCAUUUGGUGGUGAUCAAUUUGGACCUGGUCAAGAAAAGCAACUGGCCAAAUAUUUUUCAUUUUUCUACAUGGCCAUAAACGCUGGCGGGUUUGUGACCACAUUUGUGACCCCUAUUAUGCGCGAAGACGUCCAUUGUUUUGGUCGUGACUCGUGUUUCCCGUUGGCAUUUGGUAUACCCGCCGUGUUAAUGUUAACGGCCCUGGUGCUUUUUGUCUCCGGCCGAUAUAUUACCAGUUACGUUAUGGUACAGCCACAGAAAGAAAGUGUGCUUGUCAAUUUAUCCAGACUAAUAUCGCUAUCGAGAAAGUUGUUUAGUAAGGGACCGAAACGUGAUCACUGGCUAGAUUAUUCUGAUGAUAAAUUUGACACAAAAACUAUUGCUGAUAUUAAGGCAGUAUUGAGGGUAUUAUUAUUGUAUGUACCUCUACCAAUAUUUUGGGCCUUGUACAAUCAACAGGGUUCCCGAUGGACACUACAGGCAACAAAAAUGGACGGUAAACUGGGCAGUUUUCGGAUUAAACCUGAUCAAAUACAAAUAGGUUCCCGAUGGACACUACAGGCAACAAAAAUGGACGGUAAACUGGGCAGUUUUCGGAUUAAACCUGAUCAAAUACAAAUAGUCAAUUCAAUAUUCAUCUUGUUAUUUAUACCUCUGUUUGAUUAUAUAAUAUACCCGCUAUUUGCCAAAUGUGGCAUGCUCAAAAAGCCACUUCAGAGAAUGGUUGUGGGCGGUGUUCUAGCGGGUCUGGCGUUUGCUAUUUGUGGUUUCUAUCAGAUAACGAUCGAAAAGCAUUUGCCACCAACCCUAUCUGGUCACUCUAUUCACAUGUCAAUAGUAAAUGGAUUGAAUAGUAAGAUUACGGUGAAAAAUAACUUACUGUUUCCCGAGAAAAGUCUAUCGCUAGAGAAGUACAACAUUCAUACCGUACCAAACGUUGAUAUAAACGAGUUAACAUCGAAAUGGCUAACGUUUAACAUUACUCUUAAUGAUGAGACAAACAUACCGGGUUGUUUACCAAAUCGAGAAUAUUCCAUGCAAUUAAGUCCAAGUUUCCAGAGAAGUGGCAUUUUAUUUAUAACCGAGAGUAUUUGCGACCCGAAAAACGUGUUAAAAAUACUUGAAUUCAACAAGGCCACAGACCUACUCGCCAAACCAGAAGGUGGCGGCGCUUUAGCCGCCAUUGCCUACAAUAUACGUGACUCAACCACUAAACCGGCCUUAAAUAUCAAGAAUGACGCAUACAUUACAUUCAAGUUUAAAAAUAGUGAGUUUACAGAAUAUUUUAAUUCUACGGCCGAUUUUGGUCACCCUAUUGUCACCGGCGAUACUAAACGCUAUGAGGGUUACGUGUCGUACAAAAAGGAGCUUAAUGUUCAUAAGGGCGGUGCAUACGAAUUAUUAUUGCUCGACGAUGGUGAGAAAAGCACCGGACACGAGGCUAUUAAGGGUAUGGAUUUUCUUCAGGGCGGAGCCUAUGUGUCAAUUGGUAAAUUGGCGGGUGUAACUCAUAAUUUAGUCGAGGCUAACUCAUUAUCGGUAUAUUUACAAAUUGUACAAUACGCUAUGUUAACAGCCGGUGAAAUUAUGUUCUCGAUUACCGGGUUGGAGUUUUCAUAUUCGCAGGCACCUGUUAGUAUGAAAUCAUUAGUGUCGGCCGCAUGGUGUUUAACCGUAUCAUUUGGUGAUCUAAUAAUAUUUAUAAUAUCAUCGUCAAAAUUAUUUGAAAAACAGUCUAGCGAGUUUUUUUUCUUUGCUGGUCUAAUUGUGGCCGAUAUGAUUGUGUUUGCGAUAAUCGCAUACUUUUAUAAACCCUACCAGAAUGACCAGGGUAAACAGGAUGAUGGCAUUAAAGUUGAUGACAAUGAUAGCAACUCUAUAGAUGAAAAU